AAGCACGGUGGAAAACAACCGAAAACUGUGAUCCUUGGAAACAGACAAUGUUUGCGGUGAAUGCUGGAGGAAUGUUCAUUAGAGAAACCAUUAAUCUGAGGCAGCGGGAGGGAGGCGGUAUGUUGUGCGAUUAUGAUGAUGAGAAAAAGAUCGACAAUGAAAAGAUAUAG